UUUUUAUUUGGAUUUCAAAAUUCAUUUUGGCUGCUUCGGCUCUACUUUUUUGCAAGAAACUUUUUUUUAUCUAAACUUGCGAUGGGGACACACCACCGCCGUCAAGUUUCGCAGACUUUCUUCCUUGCGUUGGAGGCUUUAGAAGGAGAGUGCGAGAGCGUCCUCCCCGACUUGCCUUUCGCAAAGCAAGAUGCCCGUGGGCCAUGGUCCUCUCCGCUAUCUAGUCAUACGCGCGUUGGCGUUUGCCAUCGACUGUAUCGCACCAGUCUCCAUUGCAUAUACCUUGUACGCUCUUGUAAAUCACUACAACGGCACACGACAUGGCAUUGUAUUUGACGGCACAUGGACGAACGUGUUCUAUACCAUGUUGCUUCCGAUAUGGUUUGUUUUUGAAACAGCUUUCUAUGUGUGGAUGCUAUGGCAGAGACAAAGGUUUCAGGCCAUGAAGGAUGUGCCGGGUUUGGACAAUGAUAGGAGGCGCUUUAUGUUUGGACGAAUGCUCAAAACGAUAUCGCAGAGAAGAUUCCCGCAUUUCUUGGCGACUCAAUUCAUGUGGAAGGAUUGUUACACACAACUGACUAGCGAGGAGAUUGAAGAAGUCUACAUGGACAAUGUCAAAGAAUGGGCUGCGUGGGCAUUCUUCUCCAAGCCAUCCUGGAAACACGUCCUCGAGUCACCCAAUGGCAAACAGCUCGCGUUGGAAGGAGAGGAAAUGAUAGAUAACAUGGCUUUUCGGAAAGGAAUCGUCUUUCAAGAAGGUUACAAUGAGAAGAUCAGAACGGUAACCAUCUCCUACAACCCGGUGGAAGCCUUCCCCAAACCGCUUCUCCUGUAUGCUGUGGUUGCUCUACUCGAAUUUGGCGCUCGUUGCAUUUUUCGGAUGCUCGGAUUCCAGCGAUACCCCGCCCACCGCACGGAUUUGGCACCGGAUAUGCCCGAACGGGGAAUUACAUAUUGGUUGAGGAUGCCAAAAGGGAAUACCGUCGAUGCUCGACGAAGGAGAAAAAGAGAAGAGUCGGACUUGCCCAUUGUGUUUAUACACGGACUGGGAGGCGGUCUCUGGUGCUAUCUCAAGUUCAUCGGCAAACUCUGGUGGACCCAAUCGGCACGCCCCAUCUACCUUGUUGAACUUCCCCACGUUAGCAUGAGGCUUGUCCAAUCUUCACCAGAUCCGGACACGACUGUCCGUGAACUUGUGGCUAUGCUACGCCGCCAUGCACAUGAUUCUGCCACAUUCAUUGGCCAUUCCCUUGGAUCGGCUUACGUUGCAUACAUGAUCAACCAUACCAAAGCCGUCGCCGGAGUUGUCAUGAUAGAUCCUGUCUGCUUUAACAUUUAUGACGCAAAUUUGUUAUAUAAUUUCGUACAUCGUCGGCCAGGUGCCGGAGGGAAACCACUAAAAGCCAACGAGUUUUUGGUAUAUUGGUUGGUGUCCAGGGAGCUGUACAUUUCUCAGUGGAUUUCGAGACAGUUUCUCUGGUACCGCGCACACUGCCUGACAUCAUCACUCCCUUCGUCGGCGCACAUCUUUCUUGCGGGCAAGGACAACAUUAUCGACACGAGUACCGUAAAAACGUACCUUGACGACCAUGAUGCAUCAUAUACAUACUACGAGAAUCUAGAUCACGCACAAUUUCUCCUUUCAGAAAAGAUUGAAUGGGAAAUUGUGGAUAAGAUUGGCUCCGUUUGUAAAAAUGCCGCAAAAGAAUGGGGACGAAAGUCUGGUGCGGACAGACGGAGGAGGAGGAUGAGGCGGUAGGGCCCCUCAGCGAAACUUACUGGAAACAUGUUAGGGCUUGUUGGUAGCGUAGAUAUCUGAUACUAUUAUUAUAUUUUCCUUUGGCAUUCCAUGACGAGGGCACUCGCGCACAGACAUGUACAAACAAUUCGUAGAGACCAAGAUCUGCAUUCAAUAUAUAAAAAAAUAAACCUCU